AUCUAAUCAGAGCAUUCGGAAAGCGAUCCUAUUUCAUUAUUUCACAAAAUAAAAUGUUCGGUGAUCUUUCUGAUUGCAUGGGAAUGGAUGAUGUAUCCGUCAUUAUUACGUCGGAUGCUGAAGAUUGUUCGAUCGACAUUUCAUGUUGUGGCUCGAGAACAGAUGCCUGCGUUCGGUCGAGAACAGAUGCUUUCGCUUGGUCGAAGGAGAUGCGCGUAAAGUACAUAACAGAUUCAUGCACGAAUGAUUCGACGGACCCUUCUGGGUCUACGUCAAGAGAUGUGCUGCAUGGUACUACGAAAGAUGCGGUGGAUGCUAUGUUGAUAAUAGAUGUAACUGAUGGAUCCGUCAUUAUUACGCCGGAUGCUGAAGAUUGUUCGAUCGACAUUUCGUGUUGUGGCUCGAGAACAGAUGCCUGCGUUCGGUCUAGAACAGAUGCUUUCGCUUGGUCGAAGGAGAUGCGCGUAAAGUCCAUAACAGAUUCAUGCACGAAUGAUUCGACGGCCCCUUCUGGUGAGUUGAGCAAAGAAGCGUCGACUUCAACUUCAACAUUUAGCACAUUGGUCAGUUGGCUCUCCAUCACAAACUCAUUUAUAGGGUCUACGUCAAGAGAUGUGCUGCAUGGUACUACGAAAGAUGCGGUGGAUGCCAUGUUGAUAAUAGAUUUAACGGAUGGCGAGUCGAUAGUUGUACUGGAUGGCACCGAGAAUCGUGAAGUGUCGUUUCCAAUUGUUGUCUCCGAAUGUUCGAAGAUCCGCCAAAAGUCCUCCAAUUCUGUUAAAUAAAUGUCCUCGAAUUGGAGUAACUUAAUCCACGUUGCUUCCUGAUCGGUGUCGUCCAAAUCAAUAAUGGAGCCAAUGUUUAGCGAUAGAUUCUUUGCCAUUUCGAGUGACUGCUGACAGCAAUGAUAUUUGCUUUAAUUAUUUCAUCACAAUAAUCACAAUAAUGUAUGAACAAUAAACUUACGUUUAAUUA